AUGGAACCCAAAAGCCCCAGUACGAAGCAGUCACUGCGUGUUAGGGCAAGCGAAAGUUGUCCACCGAACGCCGAGGUGGAUUCCACGGUCAGCCCUGCCCGAACACCUGCAUCCUCCCCGGAGCCCGGUGCCUGUGAGAUUACCACCUCCACGGAGCAGGAACAGGCCACAGUAAAAUUCUCGAACAGUAGUUGGGAGGGAACACUGGCAGCCGAUCAGAAUACCUACUUUGUGGACACACGUGAUCCCGAGCCCGAGGAAAUGACCUUCCUGCUAGAUGAUCCCUUCCCUCCAUCUUCAAUGCUGCUAUCCACCACGGAAUCCCUCGGCAGCGAAUCAGCCAUGUGGCUAGCCGGUAAUGUUCCCCCAUACGACUCCACAGCCUCAGGGGACAUUAGGGCAACGUCGAAAAACCCUCCAACCCUCUGUUGGCGUCCGGCCUACUCCUUUGUGAAAUUACACUACCUACAAGGCAUACUUCCAGAUGACGCGCUCGGCUCAGUCUUUUUCAACCAUCGAGCAUCCAGUGUGGCCGAGCAGGGCACGACUGCCUCCUCUCCAGACUCAGAUUACAGUGGUACUGUGGCCUGUCGGCCAUCCCUCAGAAACCCCCAAUCUCUGCCAGAUUUCGCUGUAAAAUACCACGCUAGCGGCUCACUAGUGUGUCUAGCCGAUGGUCUCCGAAGUGCCAACCAACUCACCUGGUUCCGUUUUAGAACUCUUCUGCCCUGUGCGCUCACUGCGCUUACCUACAGACUCUGUAUAACGGAGGACAAUGUCAUCCAGGGUCGUGCCGCAACUUUUGAUCCUGCGAUUGGCCGCCGUGGGUCAACUACCAGAUCCUGCCGUCAAUUAGAUAAAUUCAUCUGUGAUCAUGACAAAUGUCUGCUAACACCCCUCGCGUCCAUUCCAAACUACGAAGUGACUAGUUACUUUGGAAAUAUCAGUUUCUUCUUUGUCAGGGAGACUACUGAUCUACGAGAGUUGUUAUCUUCGCCAGGAAAUGUAGUCGUCAUGGUACCUUUUGGUCCCAUAUCUUGCGUUCAAAUUACUUUUUUUCUGCUCAUCAAAUACCUUCUCGGUUUGCGCUUUCAGAUGGGCGGUCUCCGUUGUUUUGUCCAUGCAAGUGUAGCCGAUGCGCAGUCAGUUAUUUCGGCUCAUACCAUCAGUUUUGGAGGAAACGCUCUUCUCUCCUACCACAUUAGCGAGCUACUGAUCAUUCGUCCUCCAUCCAGAAAUCAAGCUCAAUGCAUUUUGAACUUAUGCGGUGAUAUGGCCUAUGUCACCCCAGUAGUAUGA